AUGUCGAAUCACGCCGUCGCCGCUGCCGCCGCUGCUGGCCUAUUGGUCAUGCGCAGUGUCGAGGCGACCUCCAGCUGGUUCUCCGUUGAUCCCGCGCCGCCCGACGCUGGGUACCAGUUCGCGGUGUUCGUGAAGUGCUACGUGAAGCGGUCCCUGGAGUUCCGCGGACGCGGCCAGCCCCCGAUCGUGAGGCAACAGCAGUACAUCGGUCCAAGCAACGGCUCCGCCAUGAAGUUCCUCGUCAGAGACCUCUCCGCGCUCCAGAGCGACGGUGCCUGCCGCUGGGCGCUCCGCAGGAUGCUGGCGAGAAUGCCCCAGCUCCGGGUGCUCCGCCUCGCCGACGACGAGUGGGACCGCGUCGUACCCUCGAACGUGGUGCCGCAGAUCGUCCGCGUGGCGUGCAGCGACCGCGCCACCCGUGGCUUCACCUUCCGCUUCGUCAUGGAGGUGGACCGGCAGUUCAUACAUGAUGAGCAGGCUCUCCUGAUGGCGUGCAAGGAGAGGGACCUGGGCGGCAGCGACAAGCCCGACAACUGCCCGAUCUGCUUGGAGGGACUGGAUGGAGAGCCCGCCGUGCAGCCGCCGAGGUGCCCGCACGCGUUCCACCGCCGGUGCAUUUUCAGGUGGUUCUGCCAGGCGACGACGUGCCCGAUUUGCCGCAGCGACGUGAGGAUCUGUGCCCUGCCGGAGUUUCUUGCUCUCUAG